GUGAGUUCCUCUACUCUUGUGGUAUGUGUCUUGGCCAGACUCACCAGUCCCGCCGCAGCUUCGGACAGCAAACCCGGCCAUCGUUCGACUCCAUGUGAUGUCACCGAGCUUGUUAUUCACUCCAGAACUGCCCCUCGACGCCUGUGUAUGUCGGUAGUCAUCUUGCCGCCUUCAACUUCCCCCGAUCCGUACACCUCAAACGUGAGUGGUCGAUCGUCGGAACUAUACUUCGGCACACUUUGUCCUUGUAUCCAGCCCAUCAUAUCCUCCCCGUAAGCGACUGCGGGCUGCCGACAUGGCGUUCGGUAGCGAUGCUGGUAAGCUGCCAAAAGCGCGGCCUCGAGAUGGUCUACAGCUUCGGCCUUUGAAUAUCGAGAAAGGGUCCAAAAGAUACUGUUCCGCAGAUGAUACCUUCCCUCCUCAGACCGCCACUUGGAGGAACAACUUGAUGGCGCUUUCUCAGCGUCGAAACUUGUUGUUCGUCGCCUGUAGUCACCAAAUCUAUGUCUGGGAGCCAUCAGGGUCGUUUCAGACGCUGGGAAACAAACCCGAAAUGAUAAUAACUCCAGUAAUGAAAGUGCCUCAUGCUAGCGGCUAUAUUGCACCAGCUUCGCCACAUGCAAUCAACAAUCUCCUUGUGGAUGAUUUAGGUCGAGACGAGGUCCUAUUACUUGUCACUGAUUCCGGCAACGUCUGCGGUUACCGGGUCGAGGCCAUCUUCUCUGCCUUGAAGCGAGCGGCAGAGAAUAAGGAAGAGCGUCCCCUCGAUGGAUCCCAGGUGGAUCCGUUCUUUGUGGAAUUUGUUCAAGCUAGUGCCUGGGGCCUGGCUAUCCAUAAAUUCGCCCGCCUCAUUGCAGUGAGCGCGAACACGGGUCUCAUAACCGUUUUUGCCUUUGCACUCGUGAAUCCCACUUCGGAAAGCAGUAGCUCGAGCUAUCACCCAGACGAAGAUGAUGAUAUGAUCGAUUACGGUCAGACCUGGCUGGAGGUCAGGACUAAGGACCAGUUCAAUCAGCUGCGGCAUCUGAUGCCAGCCAGACACCGCACACGAAAUGUCAAGCUGACUUAUACCGGCCAUUACGCUAAUAUCCCUUGUGUUGAUUUCUUGAACUGCGAUCUCGACCCUAACGGCAAUUGGAUGGUCAGCACAGAUAUCGACAAUAGGCUGCUUGUAUGGCGGGUAUGGGAUAGUCUUGGUCCAUUCAACGUUAAUCACUUCAAUGAUGUCUCUUUCAAGUUCUUCCCAGAGACCCUACGUUCUGAUGAGCGUGGCUGGUCUGUAAUUGCCCUCGACCCGCGGACCUUCCAUCGUGUUAAGUCUACUGAAGAAGCUUGCGGUGGCCCACCCAUUCGCCGGGCAAAGAACGGCCGGACCGUUUAUGACCUGACGAGAGCAAACAGUCGGAUACCGAACGCUUCGCAGAUAUACAACUUCUUCCCACCCGCAGUGAAGAUCGAGUCAGAGGAACCUGUUUUGCCCGACAUAUUUGGAGCCGACUGUUGCAUCAGCAGACGAAACGGCGCCUCCCAGGCUGCUUUUGCUGACGGCACUUCAGCGGCACUUCGUCGGUAUCCAAGCGAUGGCGCGUCUGCAGAAUUUCUCGAUGCCAACGGCUUGUCCACGGCCACGGGAAAUAUUCGUCCCUCUGAUUUUGCCGACACAUUCAGCCACCGAGCCGUCAACGGGUCUGUAUAUGGCGACAACUUGAGCCGCGACGGCUCCGAUGUGGAUGUUGGGGCGCAUAAUGCAGCAGGCCCGGGUCCCUUGACCACACCGGAGUUCCUUCAAUUCGCACUUCUCGAGGCUCUUGGCGGCGAAGCUCCCGGCACCGAAUUCUAUGAGGACGAAAUAGAUUAUUACCUGGCUGGAGGCACUUACAGUUCCGAUCAUGAGCUGGAUAAUGCCGACAACAGUAGUUCCUCCUACAAUAGCGAUACAUCAGCAGUGGGAUCUAUCCCAUACCCACUACUCGACGGCUCCCGAUUUCCCAUCCUACACUUCUCACAAACAGACAUCCGUUUGAUACCCCAUCCAUUCGCAAACUACGCCACAGCCGUCUGCGGCGACCCUCUACGACAACCUUUUACCCACCCCGUCGUCUCCAUCCGAGCCUGCGAUCGCUUCAACAUGGUCAAGUAUGUCCCAGAACAUGGCAUCGUGAUCGCCGCAUCCCAAAAAGGCCGCGCAGCCGUCAUAGCCCUCACGGAAUCCGAAACCACCGGCAUAUCAUUCCGAGUCGACUGGAUCGUACCACUCGAGAGCCAAGAAAAAUACGGCGACCGUCCUCUCAUCCCCAUCUUAGGAAUGUGCGUCAGUCCCAUCCAAGGUUUCGAGUUUCCACCAGACGUGCCCUACAUCCCCCGCGACGUCAAGCCCGACGACCUCGCCUUCCAGUUCAAGUACCUAAGUCACGACGAACACAACUCCUCCCUAUCAAGCAGCGUCAUGCUACAACAGAAUUCCUUCAACGAAGAAAUCAACAACUCCGAAGUCGAUCCCAAUGAAACUGCCGCUGCCGAUGACGACAGCUCCCAACCACCCCCGCUCAGCUUACCUGAAUGCCACGCCCGUGCAAGCAGUGCCUACCAACCCGAAGAAAGUUGGCGCGGCUGGAACCCAUCGCGCCAUUACCGGCUCAUGCUCAUGUACGCAGAUCACACCAUCAUGAGCUACGAGUUCUGGUAUAAGUGGAACACUACAGAAAGUGGUCCAAAUGGGCAGGAUCUCGACGAGGAAGAUGAUAUUCUCCUUGUAUAGGCUCUGUUCUGGCCCUUAUAUGCAACCAAUUCUGAUAUUAAAAUUCAAAAUGGUAUGAUGAAAAGUAUUAAGGCGUGAGCGUGAGCGUGUGAAUCAUCGAUCGUUUCACUCCUCACUUUCGCAUUCAUGAAAAACAGGGGCGUUAUUUGGAGCGCGUUGAUGUUGUUGUUAUUCGUGUCACUGAAACUGUUUAGCACAGCGCUAUGUGUGUUCAUGGAUCUUCUUCGAAGUAGGAAGGUCCAGGGGGUGCUGGGGUCCUCUAUCUAAGACUGGGUUACGUUACUCGAUGGUAGCUUUUUUUUUCCUCUUUGUUAUUUAGUUUCUUAUAUUUCGGGAUCUGAGGCCCCUCACCAUUUUCUUUUCUGUUUCCGUGGUCUCAAUGGACACAUCUUUUGACUCCGAUGUGUGUGUAUCUAUGUGGUUUGUACGGAUGUAUGGCUUACUUUAC